AUGUGGAUGUGCAGCAGACAUAAGUGCUCGAUCAGAAUCUUUAUAGCUCAAGCAUUCGUCGACAAUGUAGUGGUGAAUGGAUUGUCUACGAACGAUAUAAUAGAGAAAAACUUUAUAACAAAAAGAGAUGAUUUGACAACAUAUUUUUCAAAACGCGAUCACAGCGUCAAUCAAGUACAUCAGUCAAAGGUGCCACAAAUUUGUAAAGAUGAACCUUGUCAAUUGGGAGUAGACGAAGCUGGACGUGGUCCUGUAUUAGGACCAAUGGUAUAUGGAAUUGCAUAUGCUCCAUUAUCACAGAAACAACUAUUAGAAGAUUUGGGAUGUGCAGAUUCCAAAACUUUAACCGAAGAGAAAAGAGAUGCAAUAUUUGAUAAAAUGUGUAAUAAUGAUGACAAACUUGGAUGGGCUUUUGAUUCAAUUUCACCAAAUUAUAUAGCUAACUGUAUGUAUCAGCGUACUAAAACUUCCCUGAAUGAAAUAUCUAUGAAUUCUGCUAUUGGCUUAAUUAGAAAAACCAUAGAAGCUGGAGUUUUUAUUACUGAAAUUUAUGUCGAUACUGUUGGAAAACCUGAAAAGUAUCAAGCAAAAUUAGUUAAUUUAUUCCCUGGAAUUAAAAUUGUAGUAGCUAAAAAAGCUGAUUCAACAUAUCCAAUAGUCAGCGCUGCCAGUAUUUGUGCUAAAGUUUCUAGAGAUCAUGCAUUAAGAGCUUGGCAAUUUCUUGAAGGUGAAAAUGACAAAGAAUAUGGGAGUGGAUAUCCUAAUGAUCCUGUUACCAAAGUUUGGCUUGCCAAUAGUAUUGAUCCAGUAUUUGGAUUUCCACAACUUGUUAGAUUUAGUUGGUCUACUGCCGAAAAACUUCUUCAAUCAAGUGCUAUCGCCGUAGAGUGGGAAGAUCCAGAUGAAGAUGAAAGUGAAAUAAAAAUUUCAAAAUUCUUCGCUCCUAGUCUGUCUAAUAAGAGUGUAAAAAAAAAACACAAUUUCUUUACUAAUAGAUGUCUUUUUAAUGCCACAACAUUAUAGCAUUAACUAAUAAUUGACAUAAUACAUUACACCAAUGACUGAAAAACUUACAGCUUUUUGUAAAUU